GCUCUCCCUCUUCUUCUCUUUGAGGAGACUUAUUCAUUUGUUUGUUUCAAUCGAUAUGAUUUUGCAGCCUCUUCUUCAAGCAAAGAAAUGGAGAUUUCUUUGAUAGGACUUCAAAAUGCAGGAAAGACAUCACUUGUAAAUGUUGUUGCAACUGAUGAAUACAGUGAAGACAUGAUUCCUACGGUCGGGUUUAACAUGAGGAAAGUGACAAAAGAAAAUGUUGCAAUCAGGCUAUGGGAUCUUGGUGGUCAACCAAGAUUCCGCUUCAUGUGGGUACGUUACUGUCGCGCUGUUUCUGUGAUUGUGUAUUAUUGCUCGGCUUAUUCACAAUCAGAUCCUGACAACUUAAGUGUCUCGAGAAGUGAACUCCAUGAUUUGUUGAGCAAGACUUCGCUUAACGGUAUCCCUCUUAUGGUUCUUGGGAACAAGAUUGACAAACCUGGAGCUCUGUCCAAAGAAGCCUUGACAGAAGAAAUGGGGCUUAGUUCGCUUACAGAUAGAGAAGUCUGCUGUUUCAUGAUAUCCUGCAAGAACCCUACCACCAUUGAUCAGGUCAUUGAUUGGGUCGUAAACCACUCAAAAUCAAAGAACUAAACUUCACCAAGAACAUAUAUUCUCUCUUCUUAGUCUUCCAAUGUUGUCUGGUUGAUGCUGAUGAUGAUUGUAUUAUUGAAGACAACUUUCGUGUGAAACAAGAGUUUGUCUUUGUUUUCCAGCUGUCUCUGCUGCUGGUCUGGUCUGGUCUUGUCUUUUGUGUAUUAGAUGUGGGUUGUUUUCUAUUAAGGCUUUGCAAAUUUAGAAACACACAAAAACAUAAGUAGCUCGCUCAACUUUCAACUUCUAAAAUUCCAAGGAAAGGG